AUGGAUAUUAAGGAAAUAGUCAACUCCAAGGGCCCAAAAGGCGCUGCUGCUGCUGCUGCCGCCGUAGCAAACGGAGCAGCACAAGAUCUUCAUCUACUUCACUCCAUUUCGCAAGCCAGCAGCAUUCCCAUGUCAGACACCGGCUCAGAGCGAGGAAACUCUCCCCAUGACUCUGAGCACUCUCGAUAUUCUGGCCCUAGAUUUGCUCAGCUGAAUGGGAUGAAUGGUGGACCUAAUGGCAUGCGCUACCCUUCCCCAACGGCCAUGCAAAAUCCCCUUCCAAUGUUGCAGCAGCCUUUCCGACCCGAGAACGGUUUCGACAAUUCCAUGAUACAGCAGGAGAACACUCGAGUGGGACGAUCAUCACUAGAGGGCAAAGCCUUCCCUUGUAGCACUUGUGGCAAGGGAUUUGCUCGGAGAAGUGAUCUAGCCCGCCAUGAACGAAUCCACAGCGGUAUUCGACCUCAUGUCUGCGAGCACCCUGGCUGUGGAAAACAGUUCAUUCAGCGCUCUGCCUUGACUGUCCACAUGAGAGUACACACUGGCGAAAAGCCGCAUAUGUGUGAGAGAUGUGGAAAGCCUUUCAGUGACUCAAGCUCCCUGGCCAGGCAUCGUAGGAUACACUCUGGUAAGAGACCGUACAAGUGUCCCUAUGCAGAUUGCCAGAAAACUUUCACUCGACGAACUACUUUAACCCGCCACCAAAACCACCAUACCGGUACUGUUGAAGAAGCUGCGGCUGCAACAGCAGCAGCUCUAGCCACUCGUGGUGGAGGAAGCACUCGGGGGGGACGACAACGCUCAGAUGGAGAACAGUACUCGAACAACGGCUCACCCAUGUCAACACCAUCUCCCAGUCAAAGAAACUUAUCGGCCUCUCCAAAUUCGGAGCUUGCCCCUAUGAACGGAAUCCCUCGCCACCCAGGAGAGUAUCAGUACAUGAAUAACAGCCCUUUGCCUGGCCAUCUCCGAGGCGAAUACCAUGUUCCUAGCCAGUCUGCCCCAACUACAGCUUCAUUCUCGAACGGCAUGCGACCAACGUCUCAUCCUACCAGUUACGGCCCUCCGUCGAUACUUGAGCCUCCUGCAAACAUGGAACAACGUCAAUCAGGAAGUGCGAGUGGCAGUCCCCACAUGAGCAGCGUUGGUUGGCAAUCUCCUUCACAGAACAUGCCCUCUCCAUCACAGAGCAAUGGCUAUGUCUAUCCCGAUCCCGACCCUUAUGGUUCAGCUGCAGCCAUGAACCAACACCUCUACUACCAGAAUUCGUCCAACGUUCGUCGACCCGGUAGCAUAGAGCCCGAUGCAUACGACAUCAAGCCACGAAUGAACGAGGCAUGGAUGGCAGCUCAAUAA